AUGACAUGGAACGAUGGCACUUCCGGUAAGCUUCAAGGGAACCCGAAGUUACAUAAGCCAGAAAUGCCGUUACGCACCAUUUUAAAUGGUAGAAGCCACCCGACAGAGAAAAUGGCGGAAAUUGUUGAGGACCAGUUGCGAAGCCAUGUGACGUCACUUCCGUCGUUUGCAAGAGACACUAUGGACUUCUUAAACAAAAUACAAAAAAUAAAACAACCUCUUCCGGAAGGUACGCUUAUAUUCUGUUUAGAUGUGAAGGCCCUGUAUCCAAGUGUCCCGAGAGUUGAGGCCCGUGCUGCUGCUAUAGACGCUUUAAACAGGCGAACGGACCCGGAAAUUCCUACAGAGGACGUCAUCGUGAUGAUGGACACUGUGUUGGAGAACAACACCUUCUCAUUCAACGACGAACACUUUAUACAGACAGAAGGGACGGCUAUUGUCUCACGCCUCGGGCUGAACUAGGCAUCAACCUACAUGGGUGCUUGGG